AGAUAGAAAAAUAAAGAGAGAGAGAGUGUGGAAGAGAGAGAGAAAGAGAGAGAGAAAGAGAGAGAGAAAAGGGAGUCUUCGAUGGAACAAAGUACAGUAGAACAAAUAACGAUAUCUUUGAUCCUGUGCCGAAAAGUUAGUUGGCGGGAUAUCAUCGUCAGGUGUCGUUAUCGUCGUCGUUCAUCCUUGAUCUCCCAAAGAGGAGUAAGAUAAACGAUAGUGAAAAGGAUUUCAAAGACAUCUUGUCAAAGAUGAGAAAACAGGCGACGAUAUCUUUAAGAGAAGGGAAGAAAGUAAGUACGGCGAUUCCAACAACCUGACGACUCUUGUAGCCAACCCUGACGACUAACCAGGACGAAGCCAAAGGCAGAGGCAGGCAGGUUAACGGAUCCGCAGGAGAAUAAGGAAGAAGUUGCGGAUGAACGAAAGAUGAACAAGAGCGAAGGUUAUCUGCUAGAGUGGGAAGAAGAGGCAGAAGCAGCAAGGGAACCUAGCGGCGAAUUAAAUCGAAGUUUUUACAACGCAAGUCGUGACGGUGGCGGUGGCAAUCGUAGUUACGAAGAUUUGUGGGAAUUGACGAGCGAUCGUGCCGGACUAGCCGUGUUAUUAUUUUUAUUUUCCGUGGCUACAGUAUUCGGUAACAGUCUAGUAAUCCUAGCAGUCUUCAGAGAAAGAUAUCUUCACACGGCGACGAAUUAUUUCGUAACGUCGUUGGCAUUUGCAGAUUGUUUGGUCGGGCUAGUAGUCAUGCCGUUCAGUGCGAUUUACGAAGUAUUAGAAAAUCGAUGGCUUUUUACGACCGAUUGGUGCGACGUAUGGCGUUCACUCGACGUAUUAUUUUCGACGGCCUCGAUCUUGAACCUAUGUGUUAUCAGUUUGGAUCGUUAUUGGGCCAUAACCGAUCCAUUUACCUACCCGAUGAGGAUGACUAGAAAACGUGCAGCGAUAUUGAUCGCUAUAGUUUGGAUUUGUUCUAGCGCGAUAUCAUUUCCAGCUAUAGCUUGGUGGAGAGCAGUAAGGACGGAAGAAGUACCGGAAGACAAGUGUCCGUUUACAGAAAAUCUCGGCUAUUUGAUAUUUUCGUCGACGAUUAGCUUUUAUUUACCGCUAUUCGUAAUGGUAUUUACCUAUUAUAGGAUUUAUCGAGCGGCGGUGAUACAAACGAGGAGUCUCAAAUUGGGAACGAAACAAGUUAUAAUGGCCUCCGGUGAGCUAGAACUUACUCUUAGGAUACAUCGUGGUGGUGGUGGUGCUAGUGGUGGUGGCGGAGGUGUUAAUACUAGUGGAGCCAGUACGAACGUAGAUCCAAGACAUCUAUUUCGUACGGCCUCGAGUACCCCGGAAGAUCUUCAAGAUCUCGAGGAACCUCUUACCGCACUUCACAACAAUGGAUUGACCAGAAUACCUUCAACUAGGAUCAACAAUAAACAACAUCUAGGAAAAAACUUUUCGUUGUCGCGCAAACUAGCAAAAUUUGCUAAAGAAAAGAAAGCCGCAAAAACACUUGGCAUUGUUAUGGGUGUCUUUAUCGUUUGCUGGUUACCCUUCUUUGUGGUGAAUCUAUGGUCGGGUUUUUGCGCCAGGUGUAUCUGGCAAGAGGAGAUUGUUUCUGCUGCUGUCACGUGGCUUGGUUGGAUCAACAGUGGCAUGAACCCAGUUAUAUACGCUUGCUGGAGCAGGGAUUUUCGGAGGGCAUUCGUAAGGAUAUUAUGCGUAUGUUGUCCAAAACGAAUGAGGAGAAGAUAUCAGCCAGCUUUUCGAUGUAAACCUAGUCAGUACGUUUCCGGAAUGGGAACUAGCGGACAAACGAGUAGCGUUAGUUAUAGCAGUGUCAGCCAAAGCAGCGAUGGGGGUAUCUGUGUGUCUGGAACUGGUCUACCUAGCUAUAAUACUGGGGGAAUGUGACGUCACCCAGGGGCCCGUUCAGGGCCACGUCGUGAAAGAGCCAUACGUUUCCGGGACGCGUGAUAUGAUAAUAAUAUACCAUCCGUAUGAGUAUUAACCAGUUAAAUGUGUGUUGACGAUUAUAUCCGUCAUGAAGAUGUGACAAAAUUUUAUGUCGUGACGAUUAUAUCCGUCAUUUCGUAAAAAGUAGCGACCAUGUGCUAUUUAUAUUGUAUUUUUUGUGAAAAAUGGAAAACAUAAUUCUCAAAUUUUAAGAUAAGAGUAAGAAGAGUUUCAAGAAUUUUAAAUUACUAUUUUUAUAUUUUUUUUUUGUUAUUUUUAAUUCAUUUUAUCCUUAAAAUGAAACAAUUUUAACCCCACGACUUGUCAUCGGUCGAUUUUUAACGACACACAGUGGUGCGCACUUUCAAAAUGCAGUUAACUGGUUAAAUACACAUUUUACACGUGCAUUUGUGUAUUAUAUGGGAAAUGCAUCAUUCCAAAGAAAAGAAAAAAGAAAAACAAAGAAAAGAAAAAAACAGAAAGAAAGGAUUUACGUAUGACAAGAUUGAAUACGGGAACAAGUGAUCUCAUUAAACACGUGUUUGUGUUAAAUUCAUAAAUUAUACAAUUAAUUUCAUUUAUUUGUAUCUCAAUAAAUAUACUCUAUGCAAAUUACCCCAUAGGUAGGUAGGUAGAUAGGUAGAUAGGUAGGUAGGUAGGUAGAUAUAAUUACCAUUAGUAUUAUAAAUUGAUAAUGUAAUAUAAUCAGUUUAUUUUUAUGCGAAACCUUUUUGAUACUUUUCAACUAAAAUACUUUUUUCCUUCAAUUUUUAUUUUUCUCCCCUUUUUAAGUAUUAUGUUUUAUUUUUAUGUUGUUAUAUUUACUUUUUUUUUCCUUAAGGCCGGCGAUACAUGUAAACGCCUAAAUUUUGAUCGUUUUUCAGAGGCUUAUUUAAAAUGGAAGGAAUAAAUGAAUCGUUUUGAAAUUCAGCAUGUUUAUUCAUUACAUAUUAAAAUAUAAGAAUCUGAUUUUUUUUCUUUUUUUUUUCAAAAUGGCCGCCGUAGUAACUAAUCUCCUGAGGCCCUCGCGGCGAAACGCAUCAAUCAUGGUGAUUUUUAGCUUUAGUUACAGCAAUCUAAAUUUGAAAAAAAGGGUCGGAACGUGUUCAUAAAACAUGUAUCUUCUAGUUGAACUAAGGAAAAACUAAAAAGUCAAAAAAUCGUAAAUUGGCACCACUCAGACAAAAAAGUCUGAUUUUUGCUUCUUUUUUUUAACGGUUUUUGUGUCAAAAAUGGCAAUUUUGGAAAAUUUUUGUGGCAUUUUUAAAGUUCAACUAGAAGCUAAUACUAUAAAGAAAAUGUGUGCUAAAUUUCAUAAGAAUCGGUUGAAACCUUUUUGAGUUAUCUUUCACCACAGUUUGAAAAAAGUCGUUUCGAGAAAAACGCGUUCAAAAUUUAGCGUUCGCGUCUAGCGCCGAGUUGAGGCGGAGCACUUAAAUGAAUUUUUAAUCG